AUGGACGAUCUCGGCGAGCCCGGCGCAGGCGUCCGCGCGCAGGCGGUGGACUACAACGGCAACCUGCUCCAGGACUUCGCCAUAUCCGAGACCGAGAACGCCAUCCAUGUGCUCAGCGCGCCGUCGCCGGGCGCAACAUCAUCCCUCACCAUCAGCCGCUACAUCGUGGACAUGGCAGUGGGCGCGUUCGGGCUGGAAGAGUAG